GGUGAAGUUUGUGAGGCUGUUAUGUCUGGACGAGGCAAGCAGGGCGGCAAGGCUCGCGCCAAGGCCAAGACCCGCUCUUCGCGGGCCGGGCUGCAGUUCCCCGUGGGCCGCGUGCACCGCCUGCUCCGCAAGGGCAACUAUGCCGAGCGGGUGGGGGCCGGCGCGCCGGUGUACCUGGCGGCGGUGCUGGAGUACCUGACGGCCGAGAUCCUGGAGCUGGCGGGCAACGCGGCCCGCGACAACAAGAAGACGCGCAUCAUCCCGCGCCACCUGCAGCUGGCCAUCCGCAACGACGAGGAGCUCAACAAGCUGCUGGGCAAAGUCACCAUCGCGCAGGGCGGCGUCCUGCCCAACAUCCAGGCCGUGCUGCUGCCCAAGAAGACCGAGAGUCAUCAUAAGGCCAAAUAAGGUUAGGAACGAUGGAAAACAAAGGCUCUUUUCAGAGCCACCUACCCU